CAACAACCUCAUAGACGAGCUGAGAAUGUUGUAGAGGAUAUAAGAUUUCUCAUUUGUGUGUUGAUUGUGAGUAUGUCACCAUCAUUGGUGCAAUAAUUGUGCUUGUCAGUGAGGUUUAACAAAAGAAUCAAUAAUGCCAGGUCCUGGUUAUGCAUCACCUAUUGAUGCUAUGAAAAAUGGCCCAAGAGAAAAAAUUGUAUAUGUGAUCUGCAUUCAACCCAAACAAACAGCUGAAAAUACAGAUUUAUUGGCCACAGUAGAUGUCGAUCCAGACUCUCCAACCUAUUGCCAGAUCAUCCACAGACUAAGAACUCAGAGACAAAACGAUGAAUUACACCAUUUUGGCUGGAAUAUCUGCUCUAGCUGCCAUGGUAAAGAAUGCUGCGCAAAGCGUGAUAAGAUAGUCAUGCCUGCUUUAGGAUCUGAUAGGAUAUAUAUAGUAGACACAGGAAAAAAUGAAAGAGAACCAUAUAUUUACAAGGUCAUAGAAGCUGAUGAAAUGCAUAAAUUUGACUGUUCUUUUCCACACACAACACACUGUUUAGCUAGUGGAGAAAUUAUGAUAUCGACUAUGGGUGAUAAAAAUGGAAAUGGCAAAGGAGAUUUUAUUUUACUUGAUGGAAAAACCUUCGAAAUAAAGGGAACUUGGACCAAAGGAAAAACAGCCAAAUAUGGUUAUGACUUCUGGUACCAACCUCAUUUCGAUGUAAUGGUAUCUUCAGAAUGGGGUAGACCCAAUCAAAUAAAGAAAGGUUUCGAUCCUACCUGCAACUUUAGCGAAAACUAUGGUCAGUCUUUGAAUUUCUAUUCUUGGAGCAAAAGAGAGCUGAUCCAGACCAUCGACUUAGGUUUGGAGGGACAGACUCCUCUGGAGAUCAGAUUUCUUCACGAUCCUCUGAAGAAAGAAGGUUUGGUGGGAUGUGCAGGAUAUGGCACUAUAUACAGGUUCUACACUGAUGCUACUGGUAAAUGGGUAGCAGACAAAGUGAUUCAUGUGAAACCAAAAAAAGUUAGUGGUUGGAUAAGCGAGUAUAUGCAAGGAAUCAUAACCGAUAUAUUGAUAUCGCUAGAUGAUAAAUACCUCUAUUUCUCCAAUUGGACUCAUGGAGAUAUAAGACAGUACGAUAUUACUGACCCAGCUCAUCCAAAAUUAACAGGGCAGAUAUUCUUGGGUGGCAAACUUCUCACCGAUUCCAACAUAAAGGUACUAGAAGAUCCAGAGUUGACAGAGAGGCCUAAACCUGUCUUCGUGAAAGGAAGAAGGAUCUAUGGUUCGCCACAGAUGAUGCAAUUGUCACUAGACGGAAAACGUCUGUAUGUUACAUCCAGUUUAUACUCUCCGUUGGAUAAACACUUUUAUCCAGAUAUGAUUGAACAUGGAUCGGCUCUUCUAAAGCUGGAUAUCGACACUGAAAAUGGUGGUUUGAAGUUGGAUGAGAAUUUCUUGGUUGAUUUUGGGAAAGGACCUGAUGGACCCUUGUUGGCUCAUGAAAUAAGGUAUCCUGGAGGAGACUGUACAUCAGAUAUUUGGUUAGCCGACUCAAAGUAAUAAUGUACAAAAAAUGUUUUUAUUGAAUAAAUAUGUUGUUUGGUUUGA